AACGAUAUCAAGUCUGCAUGGAAUCCGUUGUUUGUUUAUCGUAAGUUGAGUGUCAUUUUCUCAAAAGAGGACAAGUCGACAGGUUAACUGGAACCCCGGGUAACCGUGGGAUUAGCUCUUUUCCAGGAUGACGGCGAUGUCACCGUUCACCCCUCCGAUCAUCAAAAGGCUCCUCGGUUUUAAAAAGGGAGACAGUUCGGAACGCGAAGAUAAAUGGAGUGAAAAGGCUGUUAAAAGUCUGGUAAAAAAGCUUAAGAAAACCGGAGGACUAGAUGAGUUAGAAAAGGCCAUAACGACACAGGAACUGAACACUAAAUGUAUAACAAUACCAAGUCAUGGUAGCCGGUCUCCCCUUCAGUUGGUUGCCAGGGCAAUGGAAAAGUCCCUGGAUGGUCGACUGCAGGUUUCACAUCGGAAGGGGCUUCCUCAUGUUAUAUACUGUCGCCUAUGGCGAUGGCCCGACCUCCAGAAUCAUCAAGAACUUAAAGCUAUUGAACAGUGCGAGUACGCCUUUUACCUCAAGAGGGAUGAAGUGUGUGUCAAUCCUUACCACUAUGUGAGGGUGGAAGCCCCAGUGCUGCCCCCUGUGUUGGUGCCUCGUCACACUGAGGUUCCAGACAAACUGCCACAGUUAGAAGACUAUGAUGCCAUGACAGUGCCCGGCAACACAGAUUUCCCGACGGGCAGCAAUGAAAUGUUCAAUAUCCCAGACACCCCGCCCCCCGGUUACAUCAGUGAGGAUGGAGAUACUACAGAUAACCAGGGUAUGGACGGAGUUGAUGUGUCCCCCAGUCCUCCUUUAGAUGCCCAGCCAGUGACGUACAAAGAGCCAGCCUUCUGGUGUUCUAUUGCUUAUUACGAAUUGAACAACCGUGUUGGGGAGACGUUCCAUGCCUCCCAGCCCUCUCUCACUGUUGAUGGGUUCACCGAUCCAUCAAAUUCAGAGCGAUUUUGCCUCGGCCUCCUCUCAAACAUUAAUCGUACUCAACAAGUUGAAAUGACACGACGCCAUAUUGGUAAAGGUGUACGUCUUUAUUACAUUGGGGGUGAGGUGUUUGCCGAGUGUUUAAGUGAAAGUGCUGUGUUCGUACAAAGUCCAAACUGUAAUCAGAGAUAUGGAUGGCAUCCAGCGACGGUCUGCAAAAUACCACCAGGUUGCAAUCUUAAAAUUUUUAACAAUCAGGAGUUUGCUGCAUUGCUGGCCCAGUCAGUGAACCAAGGCUUUGAGUCUGUGUACCAGCUAACACGCAUGUGUACCAUCAGGAUGAGCUUUGUGAAGGGCUGGGGAGCCGAGUAUCGACGACAGACAGUAACAAGUACUCCCUGCUGGAUUGAGAUUCAUCUUAACGGACCUUUACAGUGGCUGGACCGAGUCCUGACUCAGAUGGGUUCACCAGGGCUACCGUGCUCGAGUAUGUCGUAGGUCAUAGGUGAAAGUUCAACAUCAAUAGUCAUAUGAUGAACUGAAAAGUGAAUUAUCAAACUGGAAACUUAUAUUUGUAACUGUUUUACAGAAAACUAUAUAUAAAUACAUGACAAAGUCAUUAGUAUGUUACGGUUGUAUGAAUGUUAACGCUUGAUUGGGAAACUGAAGACUGGAUAGGCUUAUGUAUGUUGGAAAAGUGUUCUCUGUGUGUGGGUUUAUAGUCAAAGAGGUGCGGAAAAACUAUUCCAUAGAAGGCAAGAGUGGACAAUGUGGAGGGAUCACAGCUUGGUAAGUGUCUCCUGAAGGAAGGAAACGGUUUCAAGAGAAUUUUUCAAUCUGUGACACAUUAUUGUUGGAAGAUACAAAUGAUUAACAAGUGGUAUUCUGGUGUAAGAUGGAUGCCCAUGUUCUCCUUUGUAUAAAGAACCAUAUGGACAAAGUUAGUUCUGUGAUAGAUUAAGCCAUACUCCUGUGUGACCUUGAUCAGAAGGGUCAAUCUUAUUGUGGAGGUAGGAAAGGAGGAUAAACUUUUAUCAUGAAGGAAAGAAACUUGACAAAUAGAAUUUUGUUGGAAGACUUGACCUGCGUAUGAAGAGGAAAUAAACGUUACACUUUGAACCAUUGUUGUUAUUGAAAAAGAAAGAUGUGAUGAGUGGAACUCUUGCUUUUGGAGGAAGGAAAAUGUUGAAGCAGUGGAGUUCUUCUGAAUUUGAGGAAGGAAUACUGAAGAUCAACAUUUUGUCAUUGUUAUGGUGCACUGAAAUGUUCUGUAAAGAUCAUUAUUGUUAGGAGAUGGAACUGGUUUUGAUAUGUAGAUCAUAUCUAAGAAAGUUUCUUUCAAGUUUACUUGAAAAUUUAGUCUGUUAUUUAUUGUGCUGCUGGAACAUGUGUUCUUCUCAAAAGUAUUUUCUUCUAUUUUGACAAAAGCUGUUCUCACAAGAUAUUCUUGCAGUCUUCUCAUAAUGUUAAUAUUGUUAGUGAUAUAAACAAGGAUGGGGAUAUGAACUUCAAGAAACCUGCUUCAUUUUAUAACUUAUUGGGAAACCUAACGUAAAUAAAAAGAAUUAGUAUUUAGAAUGUAGACAUAGGCAGUCUAAUAUAUUGAUACACUAUCAAAUUUGUCAAAUCAUUUCAUGAUUGAAUUGUGAACAUUUACAAUGAUGGCUACUAAAGCAAGAUACUAUCAGAAAAAAAUAAAGGGAUGAAAUACGAUUACUGCUAAAAUA